CUUUAGUGAUCACCAUCUAGCAAGUGUGUUUAAGUAACAGAUGGCGACGGUCAACGACUUUUACUAUGACAAGAGCAUCUUCAUUACUGGAGGGACUGGUUUCAUUGGGAAGGUGCUCGUGGAAAAGUUGCUCAGAUGCUGCGACGUCAGGCGGAUAUAUUUAAUCAUAAGGCCACGCGGUGGCCAGGGCAUGAAACUAAGGAUGAGACAGUACAUCAGUUCCAGGGCUUUUGACAAUAUUCGAGCGGACCCACACAUCUUUAAUAAGCUUCAUAUGAUUCGUGGUGAUUUGCUGUCUGAAAAUCUGGGUCUAUCUGCUCAAGAUAAGCAGAUAUUGCAGGAUGACUGUCAGAUUAUCUUCCACUGCGCAGCGCAAGUCAAGUUUGACGCAAAUAUUCGUGAUGCUGUAAAUAUGAAUGUAGCAGGAGUCCAAAGGAUGUUAGAACUGGCUGCCACCCUGAAUCGUGUAGAGGUGUUCGUCCAUCUAUCGACCACAUACUGUCGCGCGGAUCUGCCCGUAUUGGAGGAAGUGCUGUACCCAGCCAAGCAUCAGCCGUCUGACGUGAUACAUGCCACGCAGUGGAUGGAUCUUGAUACUUUGAGUCUUAUGGAAAAGAAAUUGAUAGCACCACAACCAAAUACGUAUAGCUACACAAAAUCUCUGGCGGAAGAACUGGUCUCUCAGUAUGCAGGCAAAUUCCCCAUUGCCAUUGCACGGCCAUCUAUUGUAACAGCGUCAUUAAAAGAACCUCAUCCCGGAUGGGUUGAUAACAUGAAUGGACCAACUGGUAUCAUCGUUGGAGCUGGAAAAGGAGUCAUUCGGUCGAUGCUCUGUGAUCACAAGCAGGAAGUAGAUGCGAUGCCAGUAGAUUUAGUAGUCAACGGGUGCAUUUUACUCGCAUAUAACACAGCAUUACAGAGACCCAAGGAAAUUCUUGUCUUCAACCUCGCCCGGUCUGACAAAAAUCCCAUCACCUGGGGUGAAGCUGUUGAUCUAGCUCGCUCAAACGUCGCAGAGUACCCAUUUACCAUGCCGCUAUGGUACCCCGGGGGUUCGCCUAAGACGAACAAAUUUCAUCAUUACAUAGCUGUCCUCUUCACUCAUUUGCUGCCUGCCUAUCUCGUAGACUUCUAUCUCAUUUUAGCCGGACAUAAACCAUUCCUAGUUGCCAUACACAAACGAGUGAACUACGGCCUACGAAUACUUCAAUACUACACUGUCCAAACCUGGAGAUUCACAAAUGAACGCUAUAUGUCCCUAAGCAAUACAAUGUCUAAGGAGGAGAAUGAAGUCUUUUAUACUAAUCCCGAGAAUUAG